AUGGAUGGAGGGAAUCAUUCUAUGAUCUCUGAGUUUAUGUUUCUUGGACUCACUAAUUCAUGGGAUAUCCAGCUUCUCCUCAUGGUGUUCUCCUCUGUGCUGUAUGUGGCAAGCAUGACUGGAAACAUCCUCAUUGUGUUUUCUGUGAUCACUGAUCCUCACUUACAUUCACCCAUGUACUUUCUACUGGCCAGUCUCUCCUUCAUUGACAUAGGAGCCUGCUCUGUCACUUCACCCAAGAUGAUUUAUGACCUUUUCAGAAAGCACAAAGCCAUCUCCUUUGGAGGCUGCAUUGCUCAGAUCUUCUUCAUCCACGUCAUUGGUGGUGUGGAGAUGGUGCUGCUCAUAGCCAUGGCCUUUGACAGGUAUGUGGCCAUAUGCAAACCUCUGCACUAUCAGACCAUCAUGAGCCCACGGAUGUGCAUGUUGUUUCUGGCUGCUGCCUGGGCCCUUGGUGUCAGUCACUCACUGUUCCAACUGGCAUUCAUUGUGAACUUACCCUUUUGUGGCCCUAAUGUAUUGGACAGCUUUUACUGUGACCUUCCCCGACUGCUCAGACUGGCCUGUACAGAUACCUACAGAUUGCAGUUUAUGGUCACUGUCAAUAGUGGGUUUACCUGCAUUGGUUCUUUCUUCAUCCUUCUCAUCUCCUACAUUAUCAUCCUGUUUACUAUUUGGAAGCAUUCCUCAGGUGGUUCCUCCAAGGCUCUCUCCACUCUGUCUGCUCAUAUCACAGUGGUCCUUUUGUUUUUUGGUCCAACCAUGUUUGUCUAUACAUGGCCACACCCCAAUUCACAGAUGGACAAGUUUCUUGCUAUUUUUGAUGCAGUUCUCACUCCUUUUCUUAAUCCAGUAAUUUAUACAUUCAGGAAUAAAGAUAUGAAGGCUGCAAUGAAGAGAGUAUGCAAGCACCUUGUGAUUUACAGGAAAAUCUCAUAA